GGGAGCCCGUCACAGGCGCGGAAGAUGCCGCUGGGGCUGAGGAGCAAGAAGAAGGACAAGUCCAAGGAGACCGUCAAGCUGGUGGAGAGCGAGGCGGCGGCCCCGGCCCCGGCCCCCGCGGCGGAGGCGGCGGCGGCGGCCCCGGCCCCGGCCCCGGCCCCGACUGUGUCGCGGCUGCAGUUCCACACGCAGCUGGCGCACGGCAGCCCCACGGGCCGCGUGGAGGGCUUCGGCAGCGCCCGCGAGCUCUACGCGAAGAUCGCCGAGGCUUUCUGCAUCCAGCCCGCCGAGAUUAUGUUUUGCACUUUGAACACUCAUAAAGCCGAUAUGGACAAGCUCUUAGGUGCACAAAUUGGCCUUGAAGAUUUCAUAUUUGCCCACAUAAAAGGACAACGAAAAGAAGUGGAAAUUCUUAAAACUGAUGAUGUGCUUGGGCUUACCAUUACAGACAAUGGAACGGGCUGCCCGUUUAUAAAGCGAAUCAAAGAAGGUAGCCCUAUGGACCAAAUCAAAAUGGUCUGCGUGGGUGAUCACAUAGAGACUAUAAAUGGAAAAAAUGUGUCAGAUUGUCGGCAUUAUGAAGUUGCCAAAAUGCUAAAAGAUCUGGAGAAAGGUCAGAUGUUUAAGCUGGAGUUGAUAGAGCCUAUGAAAGCAUUUGAAAAGCUGGAACCAAGGUCCAAAGGUGGAACUCUGCCAGAGGCUAAAAUCUCCAGAGGGAGAGAAACACUUCGGCUGAGAACCAAAGGCCCUGCUACCGUGGAGGAAAUGCCAACUGGAGUUGAAGAAAAAGCAAUUAAAAAAGUGGAUGAGCUUCUUGAAACAUACAUGGGGAUAAGAGAUAUUGAAUUAGCUGCAACAAUGGUGGAAGCUGGAAGAGACAAGAAAAACCCAGAUGAAUUUGCAGUGGCUUUGGAUGAAACUCUUGGAGACUUUGCAUUUCCAGAUGAGUUUGUCUUUGAUGUGUGGGGAGCAAUAGGUGAUGCUAAGCAAGGACGACUGGAAUGAGAACUGUGCAGUUUAUCAAUCCGUAUUUGAAAAUACAAAAUAUUUUUCAAAUAUGUACAUCAGAAUUUUAAUUUUAUUGAUAUGAAUCCAGGGUGCUCUGUAUAAGUAUUCUUAUCUGAGACUCUUUUCAAAGGAAGUUUUCUAAAAGAAAUAUGAAGAUAAACCCAAAGUUCUGACAACUACACAUUUAAAACAUUUAAUUUAAAUGUAGAAAUCACUGUGAAUAGUGCACCAAGGAGAUAUAUUUAUACAGACAUUUUAUUAAAAUUAGGUAUUUUUUAUUGUACAUACACUUUGAUAUCAAUAUUCUGAAGAGUGUUAGACAUAUGCAACAGUUUGGAUUACUCUAUCUCUUCUUUACAAAGAUUUAGAAACUUGUUGAAAAACUACCUAGCUCUACACGCUGCAGUCCCUUGGUCUUCUGUUGUCCUUAUGUAUUCUCGUACAAAAAGAGCUGUUUACAGUUUGGCCUGGAUGUAGUAUUUUCUGUAGACAGAGCUGGGAAGAAGCUACCCUGUUUUUGAAGAACCUGAGUUCAGGAAAAAAAAAAAUCCUCUGAAACAUGAGAAAUAAGAUCUUUGAAUGAAAAAGUCUUUUCUUCAUUUGAGUCAUAACACGUUCUGUCUGGGUAUUACUGAGAUGAGUAAAUAUAGUAGAAAUGCUUAAACCAGGAAGCUGCUGCUUUCUUCAGAUGCCAUAUUAUUGCAGCAGGAGCUGCAUAGGAAGAAACAAAUGUUAAUUUUGAUUACUAUUCAUAUAUUUGAAUAAUAUCUGUGAUCUGGCACUGGAGACUAUAGUGUAUGACUGAGUGCUUAUUUGAUCUUUGCAUAUACUAAAUGAUUUGCUGAGAUCCCACAGUGUUCCCCUCGUCUGCUUUUUUUUAACAUGGCAACAUAGGAGAGAUGUUGCUGUUCAAACCUGGAAAAUAUUAUUGUGAAGUCACAAACAAUCGUGGUUUGGAUGAAAAUGCAUGCCUAAUCCCUGAAAAAUACAUUAAAUUAAUUCUAGAUGUUAGGAUUUCCAAUUAUAUUGUACAUAAACAUCUACUUUAACUGAUAACAUCUUACUAAUAAUUAUCAGAUUAUUAAAAAUGAACUGUCUUUUAACAUAUCUGCUAUGUCUGCAUUUAUUCUUCUGUUGACUCUGUACUUAGUGAAGAGCAAUGCAGUAAGUUCUGUUUUUACUCGCAACUAGAUUCGUUAUCAGUUUUUACUGUGCUUUGUUUUAAUCAAGACAGAGAUUUGCUUAUUUGUUUAGAAAAAGCUACUUUCAGGUGAUUAUUAUAGCCAAAUAACACAUCAUGAGUGUCCUUGAAAAUUAAAUUGGACAAGAAUGUGGGGCCUGACCUGGAAAGGUGUUCUAGCUUUUUAGUAUUUUUGUAUUUGCAUAAGCAUAUAAAAUAAUAGGCAUUACAAUAUUUUUUUUCUAAAUCACUACCUAGUUACUUUUCUUCUGAGGGAAAUGUCUUUCACUGUGCUGGAGAGAUCUAUUUAAAAUAAAGACUAUGCCAAUAAUUUUA